AUGCAACGACUCAUUAAUUUUGUCAUCAUUCUUGGUUUUAUUUCUCCUUGUCUAUGUACAAGGUUGAAUGUUGGAACCAAAGAUGGUAUUUAUAAUGUGAUGGAUUAUGGUGCACGUGGUGAUGGCAAAUCUGAUGAUACACAAGCAUUUGCAAGUGCAUGGAGUAAUAUAUGUAAAGCAAGAGGAAAGUCAACACUAAUUAUACCAGCAGGAAAAUCAUUUUUUGUGACAAAAGUACAUUUUAGUGGUCCUUGUAACGCCAAAAUUCACAUUCAGUUGGAAGGAAAAAUAGUUGCACCACCUAAAGAAGCCUGGAAAGGUGGCGAAAAAUUAAUUUUAAUCGAAAAUUUAGACGGACUUACAAUUGAUGGCAAUGGUGAAGGAGGAGCAUAUGGAGAUGGUUCAACUUGGUGGAAUUGUCCUGGUGGUUGUGAACAUGAACGACCUGGGAUCUUGCAUUUUCAUUCCUGCAAGGAUCUUAGUGUUAGAAACAUAAAGAUCACUAAUAGCCCAAGAUCUCAUAUAUCAGUUAAUAAUUGUAUUGGUGCAACAUUUUCUCAAAUAUCGAUUGAUUCUCCUGCUAUAAGCCCCAACACUGAUGGUUUUGACAUUUCUUUUUCUAAGAAUAUCUUGGUAGAAGAUUCAAACAUAAAAUCUGGUGAUGAUUGUAUUGCCAUCAAUGGUGGUUCAUUUUUUAUUAACGCCACUAGAAUUACUUGUGGACCAGGCCAUGGAAUAAGUGUUGGUAGCCUUGGUAAAGUAAGAGAUAAUGAUCAAGUUUCUGAUGUUUAUGUACGGAAUUGCACCUUCAUUGGGACUACAAAUGGGGGAAGAAUCAAAACAGUGUCGGGUGGUUCGGGUUAUGCAAAACGUAUUACUUUUGAGGAGAUAAAUUUAGUUAAUGUUAAAAAUCCAAUAAUUAUAGAUCAACAUUAUCCUAAAGAUUUGGAGCUGGAUUCAGAUGUUUCGGUUAGUGAAGUAACAUAUCGAGGAUUUACCGGAACUUGUGAAGGCAACGUAGCUGUUAAGUUCGAGUGCAGAAAAAAUCUUUCAACGGUUUGCCACAAUGCCCAUGGAACUGCUACAAAUACUAUUCCAGUUGUCUCUUGCCUACAACAAAAUGUUUUAUAG